AUGUGGCAGUUCCAAGAUAACUGGGAUGAUGAGGAGGAAGAGGAGGAAGUAAAGGAGACGGAGGUAAAACAAGAACCAAAAGUUUCAGAAAAAAAGAAAAUAGCAGAAAAAAUAAAAGAAAAAGAAAAGCUACAGAAGAAAAAGCAAGAGGAGCUUAAAAAAAGGUUAGAGGCACCAGAGGAACAUAAAGAACUUACACCAGAAGAACAGUUAGCAGACAAACUACGACUAAAGAAAUUACAAGAGGAGUCAGACCUUGAGUUAGCAAAAGAAACCUUUGGUGUAAAUAACACUUGUGGAAUAGAUGCCAUGAAUCCCUCUUCAAAAGAUGACUUUACGGAAUUUGGCAAAUUACUAAAAGAGAAAAUUACACAGUAUGAAAAAUCAUUACAUUAUGCCAGUUUUUUGGAAGCAUUAGUUCGAGACGUAUGUAUUUCAUUGGAAAUUGAUGAUUUGAAAAAGAUCACAAAUACUUUGACAGUACUAUGCAGUGAAAAACAAAAACAAGAAAAGAAUAAAGCCAAAAAGAAGAAAAAAGGUGUUGUGCCUGGAGGUGGUUUAAAGGCUACUAUGAAAGAUGACCUGGCUGAUUACGGAGGAUAUGACGGAGAAUAUGUACAAGACUUUGAAGACUUCAUGUGACGUUUAUCUCCCCUUCUGUUGUCUUUCUGUUGCCCAUAAUCCCUUAAACAUGUAGCACAACUUUUCUUCCUUUAAAUUCUGCCAAAUGCUACAAUCAAAAUUGCAGUAUCUCUGUGCUGGUGGUUUAACUCUUGACGGUCUGUGCUGAAGCACUGGCCUUUCCUGGUCUGUGGUCAGGGGUUAGAAUGAAAACAUUUAAAAGCUAUGUAAAUUGCAGUUAAAAAAACCAAAAUUCUGAUAAUGGUCACUGUUGCUAUCUGAUUUUAUAGUAACAGCUGCUAAAUUGGAAAGGAAUUUCAAUGAGGUGAAGUAUUACCAGCACAGUUCAGAGACAUGGCCUUAACUGUACCCCUGCAGGGGACCUGGUUGAUGAACAGAGGCAGUUUGCAGCAAGGGCAUGGUGUGCACUUAGUAUUAUAAUUGCUUUGUCUUAAGUUAGAGCUUGAGGUUUUCAGUGUAUUGUGAAGGGGAACUGCUAACUUCAGGGUGAGGAUACUGCACUGGGGAACACACUGCUCGGGAUACUCACGGAGUGGGUCAGAACAAGGUGAGAGUUGCUUCUUUGAAAAAAACAACUUGAGUCUGAAGUAUGAAGUUUAGUUUCCAUUCAUCUAAAUUUCUACUAAUGCAGCUAUAUGGGUUGGGUAUUCUUUAACAGUUAAUUGCCUGGUUUAAGUGUAAAAAAACAAGAACUCCUUUUGGUCUCAUGGGUUGUGGUAGAUUUUUCACAACUCAGCCAUUUUCUUUCAUUUAAAAAAAAACUUGCUUAGCAAACUGCAACAGUUACUACAGUUGGGCAAAUUGUUAUGUUAACAAUUACAACAUCUGCAAUGUUUUAUAAAGCAACUAAUUUAAUAAAAAUCACUAUUGAGGACUUCA